GAGCGGAGCUUGGAGAGAGUCAGGGUUGUGCGUCUAUUGCUUGACAUUCAAAAGAGAGAGAGAGGCACGCACAGGCAGCAAAGUGCAGGCUCUCCCCAAAGAAAGACAGGCAGACAGACAGCAAGGGAGUCCACCAAGGCAGAAUAGAUCCGCACGGGAAGAAGAUUCGGGUUAAGGACUUGUCGUUCCUCCUGCUUCCCGGCUCGUUAGGAUCUACCGUUUAGUCUGUUGCGUGUUAAAUUUAUAUUUCUUUUCUCCGCUGAGAGAUUUUUCUCACUAGGCGGUUUUCCCCCACAAGAGGAAAGCGAAAGAAAGACAGCGACAAGAAAGCAGCCCUCCUCUUUAAGGGGCCCGUCUCGAAGUGGGCUCAGUGAGCCGGGACUCAAAAGAGGGGCUUUCCUGAAGGCAGUAAACGAAAACAAGCCACCUUAUUCCAGCGUGAAGAGACCUUGUGGGGGAAAAUGCAUUGAAACUUUCGGCAAACUUUCCCCCCUUUUUUGCUGCCUGAGCUGUGCGCGCGCGCGCCUGUGGUGUCUUGCCACCGAAGGGGGAAGAUCUGUUACAAAUCAGAGCUUUCUGGUGCCGGGGAUUGUUGCGGAGAAGCGUUGGAUCCGAACCAAGCUGGGCCGAGGGCGCUAAGAAGAGGGAAGUGUGGAGGGGGGUCUGCGUCUUCGGCGCCUCGGAAGUCGGGCUUAUGAACGGGUGAAACCAGAGCCUGAAGUCUCUCUCUUCCAACCCACCCCCCUCUAGUGCUGAGCUUUCCCAGAUCGCCCAGGAAAAAGAAGAAGCCGAGCCGAGAGCCAGGAAGAGUCCCCCAGCCCGUCGGAAGUCUCAUUUGCCUUUCUCCUGGAAUCAUGAACUUUCUGCUCGCUUGGCUCCGGUGGGGGUUGGCGGCGCUGCUUUAUUUCCACAACGCCAAGUUAUCACAGGCUGCUCCUACCCAGGGGGAUGGGGAAAAGCAUCACAGUGAAGUUAUCUUAUUUGUGGAUGUCUACGAUCGCAGCGUCUGCAGAUCAAUUGAGACCAUGGUGGAUAUUUUCCAGGAAUACCCUGAUGAGGUGGAGUACAUCUUCAAGCCAUCCUGUGUGCCCCUGAUGAGAUGUGCGGGGUGCUGUAAUGAUGAGGCACUGGAGUGUGUACCCUUAGAAGUGUACAAUGUCACUAUGGAGAUCAUGAGAAUUAAACACUUCCAGAGUCAGCACAUAAAUCAGAUGAGCUUUCAACACCACAGUAAAUGUGGCUGCAGACCAAAGAAAGAAACCAGAACUAAACAAGAAAAAAAAUCAAAGCGAGGAAGGGGGAAGGGUCAAAAGAGAAAGCGCAAGAGAGGCCGGUAUAAACCACCAAACUUUCACUGUGAGCCUUGCUCAGAAAGGAGAAAGCACUUGUUUGUACAAGAUCCCCAGACCUGUAAAUGUUCCUGCAAAUUCACAGACUCACGUUGCAAGUCGAGGCAGCUUGAGUUAAACGAGCGCACUUGCAGAUGUGAAAAACCAAGACGGUGAGCAGCAGAGAAGAAAGGGGCAGGGGAGGGUGGAUAACCUUGGUUCUGGAGCCUGAUUCUCACCUGGUCAAAAACACUAAUCCAAAUGGACACUAAAAUGAAGGAUCAGUAGAGCACAGCACUUUUGAGUACAGAUGAUGGACUCAGGAAGGAACAUUCCCUGAAGACCCGCACAGGAUUCGCCUUUUGGAUUUGAACUAGUUUGAUAUACAGAACUUUCCUUCUCAUGCUGCUAAAUAAUAGAGCCAGGGAGACUAGAAUGGUGUAUGUUUUGGGACGCCCAUAUUUACCUAAUAUAUAUGUGUGUGUGUGUGUAUAUAUAUAGAUAUAUAUAUAUAUAUAGAUAUACAUAUAUAUUCUGACUCUUAAAUCCUUGCUAACAUUAUUGGUGUCUUCACUGGAUAUACUCAACUGCUGUGGACACAGGUGGGCUACUUGGGGCAUAAAAGCAGCUAUGACUGGACUUCAGCCAAAGUGCUGCAUAUAUUAUCUAUCCCUUGCUGAUUUUCGAGAGCAUGCUGCUCCACCAACUUCAUUCCCUGCAAUUCUGUAGAGGGAGACAUUUGUACCAGAGAGGAGGAAGCAGGGGAUUCCAAAGAUGACGCCUUGAAAUGUUAUGGGUCAAAGGUCAAGGAAAUGACUCAAGAAGCUGGGACUGAGGAUUCCAUCAACAUCCCUUCCCCCUCCCCUAAAUUCUUUGCCCCUGUUUGUCUUGUGACAGCCUGCUUUGCUGGGACAUGAGAAACUGGUGUAUGGUGGUUGGUUGUUUUUUUAAAAUUGACUUGCUGCAAGAGCUCUGCCGUGGAUAUAAAUUCUGGCCUUAAUGAUGGGAAGUGGCUGAUGUAAGACCUUUUCAGUUUGAGGAAGCGUCACUGGAAUCUUCAAUCUUCCAUCCCUGAUGGCUACUUAAACAAAGGAUAUAUGGCUUUGGCAGUACAUGGAAGCAAGAAUGGGGACCGGUGCAUAGCCAGGCAAUAGAACAGCACUGUCUGCAACCAUCAUGUACAGAGCUGCCACUGAAGAGCAUCCCAGAUGCUUAUGGAACAUCUCCUGAAAGGGAUAUUAAUCAAAAGUAUAUAUGUAUAGUAUGGUGGGUGUGAGUGAGAGUCUUGUGUGUGGGCUGUAUAUAUACACAACUACAGAGGCAUUUUUUUGUGCCUUUAAAGAGUUCAAAAUUGGCUACUGAGCUUUUAGGCCUACUUCCUGUCUCUAGAUGAGAGCUUAUGUCUAGUGUUUUAAACUCGUUGAUAUUCUUGAGUAAUUGUAGCCUAUGAAUGUAUGGAGAGGGUGUCCUUUACUAGAGCUAUUUAACUAUUUCUAUAAAAUAUUUCACCACUGUCAUUGUGGGAUAGCGUGGCCUGUUCCACCGAGAGCUUUGAAGUAUUCAGCUACAACAGAUGUUUAUUGAACAAGAUCUAUGAAGCAUAGAUCUGACAGGCAAAAACGCAUGCUUUGUUCUCUGUUAACUGGUUUUAAAAAAAUAUCAGAGUUGGCAAUAGGCUUUGCUUAUAUUCAAGAAGUAAGCUCUCAUCUGGACAGGCUGUCUACAUAGGCAAAACCCAUUUUAGAGUCUUAUGAAAUAAACUGUCCUGAACAUGUGCCAUGUGGAAUUUUUUAGGCCUUAGCAAAAGUUUUGGGUUGUUGAAUACUUGGUGCUGUAAAAGUUCUGAAGACACUCUUCUGAGCUGGCUGUACUACAUAAAUUUAGCCUUAAUGCAACCAACCCAAAUGUUUCUAAACAAGCUGCUUCUGCACUAAAAUAUUAAGCACAUUGGUAUUUGGAGCUUGUUUAAAGUUGGUAGAGUUUCUGUAUGGCUAGUAUUUUAAGACUUUCCAGGGCUUGAAUUGCCCAGUUCCCUUUAUAUUAGAAUCCAGUUCCCGAUUUGUAAAAUCAGACACAGCCAUUAGCCAUGAGGAAACAUUAAUGUUUGUUUAUUGCCUGCAAUCUUGAGGACCAUAUUCAUAAUUGCCCCAGCAAACCUGUCUGUAUUUUACCCUCAAGACUGCAUCAAAAGCCUUCCAACUUUAAAAAACUGACAAGAGCACCAUUUUGACACUUAAGUGGCCUAGCAGCCACCUUGACGUGUGUCAUUUGGCAUAAGUGCUCUUGUGGGAUGCUCAGUGCCUUGCAAAGUAAAGCACUUUGGUGUUUAAAGUACCCUAAACCACUAGCCACAUUAAAAGCUCCCAGAAGGGAGAUAGGUGGGGUAUGUUCCACAAGUGCUUGAAGCCGGCUGACAAGAUGGUUCUUUCUUUUUGCUUUGCCAUCAAAGUGUUAUUAUAAUGGACCUCUCUGAUUGCUUGGCAAGCACCACAUUACAGUCUAUGGACAGAAUCCACUGGUAGCCUUUUGGUAUGUGCAGUUUUAGUGGAAUUGAAGUGGGUGUGUGUGUGUGCUCUUGCACAAUAGCCUUGCAUUGUAAGUUAUCUUACAAAGGCAGAUUUCACAUUUCCUGUCAGAUUGUACCUGGCAUCUUGGCUGUUGUAGGGGGAUUCUGCUAUGCACAAGUGCAAAUGUAGAUGUGUGCAGUGCAUAUAUUUAAAGUUAGGAAAAAUUGAAAAAUCAGUUUUUAUGUGAUGUAUGUGAAAUACACUGGUGUACAAUGUGUGCUCACAUACACCCAAAUAACAUUUUAUGUGUCUUUAGAGGCCCGUAACCAAAGAUAUAUGCAUAACAGUAGGCUGACUGCAUGCAUGUUAUCUGUCUGGUUGAUCAAAAAUUGGUCAAUGAUUUUAGCUUUGAAAACACUGAUCACUUUGGAGGGAGGCUGAACUGUAGUUUUCUCUUCCUUACAGGAAGGAGGAUACCCCUGGAUUCUGCUCCCACUUUACCACAAAACUGGCACUAUCCAGACUGGCAGCGUGUUUCUGUUCUGUGCUGCACACCUAUCUCAAGCCAGUGUCUAGAGCUGCUUAUGCAGCAUUGAAUCCAGCAGUCUAGUGCUGGAAACUGCUCAGCCCCCUUUUGUACACAUGAAGGCUAACUUCCAUAGCACCUUUUCACUCUGGACUUGGGCAUGUCUUUGGUUCUGGAUUUGGCUUUUUUUUUUUUUUUUUAAACAAGCUAGUUUUGGUCUGUGUCAGAAUGCUUGCAGCGUCUCAACUUUUUCCUGACUGGCAAAAUACCAUCUUAAAAUUUGACUUGUGAUCAACCACUAUAAAUUCAACCUUCCAGCCAGUGGCAAAUGUUGUGUGCAUUGUGGAUGUAUGGAUGAGUGUGUAUGUGCAACUGAAAUGUGUAUAUAUAUAUAUAUGUUCAUGCUGUGGGAGAUGACAGUGUUCUUAUAUACUUGUUUAAUAUCCCUUUUUAAAAUUAGAAAUUAAAAAUAAUUUAAUUAAAAGUAGGGAUUUUUCAGUAUUCUUUGUUAAUAUUUAAUUUCGCUAUUUAUAAGCUGUACCUCUUUUUUUUUGUACUGUUGUGUAUAAAAUGUUAACUUUCCUGUUCCAUCCCAUCUCUCCCCAAUUGUUGGCAGAGUCAGUAGCAUGUUAUGAUCAGUUAUUUAAUAUCUCUAACAUCCCCCACACACAUUCCUUUUGAGACAGAACUUAGAUAUACAUCUACAUACUAUAUAUAUAUUUGGCUAUAUAUAUGUGUAUAUAUAAAUAUAUAUAUUUAUGUAUAUGUGUGAUUUGGAUUAAAUACACUACAAUUUUUAUAUAUGUAAAAAAACCCCAAGGAAUAUAGAAAAUUUUACACCCUGAAUCUUUUUUAAAAUUUUAAUAUUAUCGUUUUAUUUAUUGGUGCUACUGUUUAUCUGUAAUAAUUGUGGGGAAAAAGAUAUUAACAUCACAUUGUGUCUAGUGGAUUUUUUCAAGAUAUUCCGUAGUACAUAUUUAUUUUUAAACAAAAAAUAACAAAUAUAUCUUUAAAAAACAAAACACAGUCUAUGACCGACAAACUUCUUUUUGUAUUAAAGAAUUUAAUUCUGACAUGGUUUUCCUUUUUGGGGGGCUUUUCUUUUACAUCUUUUUUUUCUUGUGUUUUGAACUGAUUUUGCUAAUCAGGUAUGAAGAACAGAUGGAAUAUGCAAAUCAGAAUAUAUGGGGGAAAGGAUCAAAGUUAAGAAGCACUCUUUUGGAAUAUGCAAAGCCUGUAGCCAAAACAAAACCAGACUGUGGUUGUAAUAAGGGUAGUCUAAUUUCAGGAUGUAUGGUUUAUCUUACGUAUGUACCCAUCUGUAUAUGUUGCUCUUUACAUAGAGGCAAAAAUUACAUAGCAAUGCAACCA